CAACAAAGCAUUCAUCAUCACUAGCUUCUAACUUCACGUUUCAAUAGAAAGCAUAUAAGUGAUCAAUCCUUGGUGGAUUUCUCUUGUAUAUACAUGUAUGUAUAUAUUUAAUCCAACCGCAGAUGCAACUGAAGGAUUGAGAUUAGAGAUGGCGUUUCCUCAACAUGGUUUUAUGUUCCAACAACUUCAUGAAGACAAUACCCAUGAUCAGUUCCCUUCUUGUCAUCCUCCUCAUCUCUUCAAUGGAGGAAACUACAUGAUGAACAGAUCUAUGUCGUUAACGAACGUGCAAGAGGAUCAUCAUCCAACCGUUGAUGAGGAGAAUCUAUCAGACGAUGGGUUACAUAUGAUACUUGGAGAGAAGAAGAAGAGGCUACAAUUAGAGCAAGUUAGGGCAUUAGAGAAGAGCUUCGAGCUAGGGAAUAAGCUGGAGCCAGAGAGGAAGAUACAAUUAGCUAAAGCAUUGGGGAUGCAACCGAGGCAGAUAGCGAUCUGGUUCCAAAACAGGAGAGCUAGGUGGAAGACUAGACAACUCGAGAGAGACUAUGACUCACUCAGGAAACAGUUUGAGUCUCUUAAAUCCGACAAUGAUUCUCUUCUUGCCCACAACAAGAAACUCCUCGCUGAGGUAAUGUCAUUAAAGAACAAUGAUUGUAAUGAAGCAAGCAUAAUAAAGAGAGAAGCAGAAGCUUCAUGGAGCAAUAAUGGAAGCACAGACAUAAAUCUGAAGAUGCCCAGAGAGACCACUACAACACAUGUGAGCACGAUCAAAGACCUUUUCCCUUCAUCUAUUCGGGCAUCUACACAUCAUCAUCAGAACCAUGAAAUGGUUCAAAAAGAGAGCCUUUGUGACAUGUUUAAUGGCACUGAUGAAACUACUACAGAUGGUUACUGGCCGUGGUCUGAUCCAAACCACAACAACCACCACCAAUUCAAUUGA